CCGCGCCGGGGCCGUCCGGAGUCUACCAGCGCGCUCACGCGGUCACGCCGUAGCGGCGCGACCGGGGAGUGGGGGGGCAGUGUUUGACGGCGCGUUCGGCGUUUGUUUAGUUGCGCGCUGACAGCGGCCGCGUUUGAACGUGAUCCGGCGUGUGCGUUCGCGUCUACCGGAAGCGCCGCGCCGCCGGCGUCCGUCGUCGUUGCCGUCGCCGCACGUCACGGGCUUCGCGUCACGUAUCGCGAAAUCGUAUCGCGCCACGGCCGGAAGUCCCCUCGCGUCGCCGGGGAAGUGCGUUUCUUCGUGCUCUGUCCCGUCCCGUCGCUGCUGAUCUGUCCGUCGGCUUCUCGCUGCUCUACUCUCUCUCUCUCUGUCGCCAUCCUCUCCUACGUCUCCUUUGAUCCCUUCGCACGCUAUCGUACACGUGUGCUGUGUCCGCGAUCUGUUUCACCGUCCCGUCCGUCCGUCUCUCGCCUGUGAUCAUCGCCUACCACGCUGCACCCACGCGACGCAACAUGUCCACGCUGAGCGGGUGAUGGCAGAGCGCAGAGGAUGUCACGUCGCAAGCAGAGCAACCCCAAACCGCUGAAACGGGAGGAUGAGGAGUGGAGCGACUCGGAGAAGACCCCGUCGGUGAGCAGCGGCGUGGACGGCGGCGGAUCGGCAGUGUCGAGUCCGGUCGCACCGCCGGUGCUCGAGGAGGACUCAAGUUUACCGCCCCCUCCGAGACUCAACCCUCCGUCUUCGACCAGCUCCUCCGCCAGCGAGGACAUCAAGUUGCGCUUCAGCGUGCUCUCGGAGGACACGAGGAAGCGCCUGGCCAGCCUCACCGAGGACAUCGAGGCUAGGGGUAUAAGAGACCGCCAUGCGCCGUCCAGGAGCGUGCGGACGCGAGAGUCGAGUCCCAAGGAUGUCGACGAGGAGCAGCAGGCGGCCAAGGAGGACGAGUGCCAGCCGAGGCCGUUGUCCUCGUUGUCGUCCACCGCCGUCAAGAGGCGGGACUCCGCCUGCCGCAGGGACUCGGAGGACUCGGUUGCCGCGGGGGAGACCAAGAGGAUACGACUCGACGACGAGGCAGCACCAAGACUGAGACUCAAUACUAGUCUGGCGACGGAUCCCGCCCUGCGACCCGCCGCCGUCGCCGCCCUUACCGUGAAGCCGGAGAACACGUCGCCGCCGAACCCGACGCCGCCGCUUCCGGCCGGACUGCAGAACGCGAUCGCGUCAGGUCGGCUGUUCGUCCUGCCGACCGACGGCAAGGAGACGAUCACGGUGGAGCCGGCCAGGCCGCCGCCGACCGCCCUGAUUUGCCCGCCGUGCGGCAUCCGGUUCAGCUCGGCAAGCACCCUCGAAGCCCAUCGCACCUUCUACUGCGCCCAUCGACCCCGCGUAGAGGAGGACGCGGCGAACGACGACGACGACGACGGCGGCGGCGGCAAGUCCGGCGGCAAGUUCGAGACGCGGAAGCCGUACGCGUGCCCGCACUGCUCCUACAGCGCCGACAAGAAGGUGUCCCUGAAUCGUCACAUGCGGAUGCACGCGGCCUCGCCGGCGCCGCCGACGGUGCCGUCGUCGUCGACGGCGGCGGUGGCAAUGGUGGCGAACUCAUCGGCAAGCAACUCGGCCGGAGCCGGUCAGACCACCGCGUCCAACGGUUCCUUGAACGAGGAGGCCGAGAGAUACUGCAGGAACUGCGACAUUCGAUUCAGUUCCUUGAAGACGUACAGGGCGCACAAAACGCAUUAUUGCAGCACGAGGCACGUGGUGAAGGAUACGUUGCCGACGCCGACGGCGACGCCGGCGUCCUCGGUGAAGGCGUCGCCGCCGACCAGUUCGAGUCCUGGUGACUCGCCACCCCCGCAGCCGUGCCUCGCGCUGCCCACCAACCCCAUUCUCAUCGUGCCGUAUUCGUUGUUCCGCGGCGCGAGCGUCCUUGCCGCGCCGGCACUUCCGGCCCCCGACACAGCAUGCUUCCUUUUGCCAAACGGUUCCCUUCAGCCAAUGACGAGGGGCCUCGCUUCCACGGCGCAGAACGCCGUGGCGGAGCCGCCGGCCGUCCUGAGGGCAGCGAACAAGCCCUCAACGCCGGUGGUUGUAGCAGCGUCCACGUCGCCGUCCGCCUCGGCGCCCCUCGAUCUCAGCAUACGCAGGUCGCCGGUGCACCAGGACGAGAAGGAGAACAGGAUGUCGCCGGCGCCGUCAUCUCUGCCGCCGCCUCCCGGCAGUCCCAGAUCCAGAGGCAGCGGCAGUCCCAGAACGAGGUCCAUCGGUCCGGUCCAGAAUGCCGCCGUAGCGCCACCCGCGCCCACGGAACUCGCCCUGAGACUCGCUGAACUGCCACCGCCUCCUGUUCCCGGGGUGCUCGUCAAGCAAGGCGUCUCCAGGUGCAAAGAAUGCAACAUCGUGUUCUGCCGACACGAGAACUUCGUCGCUCACAAGAAACACUACUGCCAGGCGAGGGAGACAACGGUGAGCAACAGUCCACCACCUCCGGGCACGCCCUCGCCGCCCCUGGUCCAGCUCAUCUGCGCCGCGUGCGGCAUCAAGUUCGCUUCCAUAGACAAUCUGGUUGCCCAUCAGGCGUUCUACUGUCCCAAGAGGCCCGACCCCCAGGAGCAUCAUACGCGGUGUCCUAAGUGCAAGGCGAUGAUAGAACCAGGCAGCAGUCACACCUGCACCAGCGGUACGACCGGCGGCUGGCGAUGCCCGGUCUGCGGUGCCGUCAGUCCCACGGCCGGCGCCGCCCAGCGUCACAUGGACGCCCAUCAGGGCGUCAAGGCCUUCCGGUGCACGAUCUGUCGUUACAAGGGCAACACUCUGCGCGGCAUGAGGACUCACAUUAGGAUGCACUUCGACAAGCGCGGCACUGAUCUACAGGAAGAGAAUUAUAUAACGUGCGUGCUGGACGACGAGGCAACGCUGUCGACGCCGGAACCAGUGGCAACCACGACACCGGAGGAGAUCCCCGCUGAGAUCCAGGUGAACGGCAAGACGGAGAUAAGGAAGAGCCCGCAGCCGCCACCGCCGCCGCCGCCGCCCCCGCCGCCGCCGCCACCGCCGGUAGACGCCGCCAAAGUGAAGCAGGAACGCGAGGACACGCCGCCGCCGGACGAGAGUCUGGAUCCCACCAAGAGCGGGCCGCGCUACUGCCGCUCCUGCGACAUCAGGUUCAAUUACCUAAGCACCUUCAUCGCCCACAAGAAGUUCUACUGCUCGAGUCACGCCGGCGAGGCGAGCAAUAACAAUAACAAUAAUAACAACAAUAACAACAACAACGCCAGCGGCCAUCCGACGACGCCGCCGACCGGCAGAACCGAGGCGUCGGUGCUUUAAAUCUCCGAAGUUCUGCGGACAUGACCUCUCCGCCGUUCGUCCUCUCCUUCUCGGAGGAUCUCCUAGUGUUUUCUUUAAACAAAUACGCUUUGAAAUAAUCGGAAGCGAUUCGAUAAUAAUAUCUGAGAGUUUUCUAUUCGUACGUUCCUUCGAAAAUUGAGUUGACCAAAUAAAGAAGUAGAGACACUGCAUUUUUAAUAAUUAUCGCAAAAUUCUUUCGAGUACAGAUUUUUGUUUUCCCAAAGACUUUUAUUAGUUAUGUAGAAUGCAUUCUCGUUACUUGGUCAAGUUAAUUUAAUAUUCUGGGAAUACUUAUAGUCCUUUUCUUAGUGAAAUUAUAUGAAUAGCCCUGAGGCUUCACUUUUGCGAAUGUCGCAUUUUGUUAGGGAGGCUCGCGGAAGAGAAAGAGAAGGACGAGACGUGUUCGAGACGCGAUGACCGACUCUAAAAACGGGGACUGUUUAUUGUUGCCAGUUUAUACAUAAUAUAAUAAGCGCGGACUUCUUAGUUGAAUAUUACGUUGUGUGAUUUUUGUUGACCCAGGGAAUCGUUUGUACUUAUAAGCCGAAGGUAUCUACAUAUGUGUAAAUAUAUGAUACACUGAUAUAUAUGUAUACUAUA